AUGACAGUCCAAUCAACCCCCCACCUCGACGCCCUCCAACGCGACGGCUUCGUGGUGGUCCGCUCCAUCCUCUCCCCCGAAGAAGUCGCCCAAUUCCGUACCGUAUCAACAAAAGCCACCACACUCACCCGAACAGGCCACUGGCCUCACUUCCGCACCGUCCCGAAGCAAUUCCCGCCCUGGCCGACCACACCCCCUCCCGCCUCGGAGGGCGGCAUCUGGGGCGUGCAGCACCUCCUCCACCCCUCGAUGCCGGGCCGCGCCGAAUUCGCGCGCUUUUACUUCUCCGAGAAAGUGCUCGCCGUGGCCGAGGAGCUGCUCGGCGUGACGCGCACCGAGGGCAACGAGGAGGAGCCUCUGGUCAUGGAACUAUUCAAUCUACUGGUUGCGCCGGAGACGAAGGAUUUCGAGCUGCGGUGGCAUCGCGAUGAUAUCCCCGAGACGGUGGGACCGGAGGAGGAGCUGAAGUUGUUGGAGUCGAAGAGUCCGCAGGGAAAGCAGAGUCAUGCGCAGUAUAAUUUGGCACUUUGUCCUGAUGCGUCGCUGAUUGUUGUUCCGGGGUCGCAUCGACGGGUGAGGACUGAGGCGGAGAGGAAUGCUGGGCCUUAUGAGCCGGAUAUGCCGGGUCAGUUGGUGGUGGAGUUGCAGCCGGGUGAUGCGGUGUUCUAUGAUAGCAAUAUUUUGCAUCGUGGGGUGUAUCGCGGGAAGGCUGAGGGUGGGGAGGAGACGAGACUUACGCUGCAUGGUAGUAUUGGACUGAAGGGGGUGUCUGGGAAUGAGGCGGAUAAGAAGGUGCGGGCUACGGCGGUUUUGCAGCAUGGGGUUGGGGCUUGGGUUCAUCGUGAUGAUGCUGCGUUUGGGGUUGGGGAGCGGGCGGAGAAGAUGAGGGCUAAUUUAGUGGCUAUGGGUACCGGCGAGGGUGUCGGUUAUUCUCUUCAGGGAUAG